AACCAACACAGUUCUCUCUCUUUCUCUGUCUCUCUCUUCCAUGGACUUGCUACUGAAGCAAUGGAGAAGUCAGAAGCAGAAUGAGUCAGAAGAACAAAGCUCUGCGACUAAGAUAUCAAACUUUUUUUCAGAUCAGACUCAAUCUCAAACUGCAAGUUCUGCUGCUGCUCUACCUCUCUUUGUCCUUAAACCCACCUCAUCUUCAUCCAUUGCAUGUUUCUCUCCUAACACUUCCUCUUCAAGGUUUCUCAAGAUGGGAAACUUCUAUAGCUUGGCACAGUGGCAAGAACUUGAGCUACAAGCACUGAUCUACAGAUACAUGUUGGCUGGUGCUUCUGUUCCGCCAGAGCUCCUCUUACCCAUCAAGAAAAGUCUAUUCCAUCAAUCUCCUUUAAACUUCCUUCACCAUCCUCAGCAACAGAACUUCCCUCAUCACCAACCUUGGUAUUGGGGAAGAGGAGCGAUGGAUCUUGAGCCAGGGAGGUGCAAGAGAACAGACGGGAAGAAAUGGAGAUGUUCGAGAGAUGUUGUAGACGGUCACAAGUAUUGCGACCGCCACAUCCACCGUGGCCGAAACCGUUCAAGAAAGCCUGUGGAACUCGUCAAAACUGCCACCACAACGGCCGCAUCUUCCUUUGUCUUAGGCGAGGAUCUUGAUCAUGAACCAAACACUCUCUUCUUCUCCUCUGACUCUUCACGCUCUUCAACUCAAAAUCUCCACCUUACUAGUCAUCAAAGUUGUUCUUCGGAGAUGAAACAAGAAAACAACAACAACAACAACAAAAGGCCAUAUGAAGCUCACAUUAGGUUCAGCAAUGGAAGAUCAGACGAUGGUCACACCCUGAGGCAUUUCUUUGAUGAUUGGCCACGAUCAUCUGACUCUACCUCAAGUCCAAUGAGCUCGAAUUGUCAUAUUUCCAUCUCCAUUCCCGGUAACACUUCAUCAGACGUCUCUCUAAAACUUUCAACAAGCAAUGAAGUAGAAGAAGCCAACAACAAUGAGAGGGAGCUGCAACAAAGCAUGAACUAUUGGAACAGUGGAGGGAAUCACCACAAUAUGGGUGGACCAUUGGCUGAAGCCUUGAGGUCAGCCUCUUCAACGUCAAGUGUUCUUCAUCAGAUGGGAAUCUCAACUCAAAUCUUUCGUUGA